AUGAGCUCGAAGAAAGAGAAGCCCAUCCACUCUCUGAUUGCGGGUACGACUGCUGGAGCAAUAGAAGCAUUCGUGACGUACCCUACUGAAUUUGUGAAGACCCGGUCACAGUUUGGUGGGCAGCGAGAGUCACCUUUGACUAUCAUCCGCUCGACUUUGCGCGAAAAGGGUGUAACAGGGCUGUAUUCGGGCUGUUUGGCGCUCGUGAUAGGCAAUUCAGUCAAGGCUGGUGUUCGGUUCGUGAGCUAUGACCACUUCAAGAGCAUGCUGGCAGACGCAGAGGGCAACGUCAGUGCGCCUAAGAGUCUACUUGCUGGUCUCGGAGCUGGUAUGACGGAGGCCGUCAUUGCUGUUACCCCUUCAGAGACUAUCAAAACUAAAAUGAUUGAUGACGCCAAACGUACAAACCCGCAAUAUCGUGGUCUUGCUCAUGGAACGAUGUCUAUCAUUCGACAGGAAGGCAUACUCGGUAUAUAUCGAGGGCUCUUUCCCGUUAUGAUGCGUCAAGGAGCCAACUCUGCAGUACGCUUUACGACAUACACGACUCUGAAACAGUUCGUUCAGGGAACAACGCGACCAGGCCGGCAGUUGCCUCCAGGGAUCACGUUUGGGAUUGGUGCAGUAGCUGGUUUGGUGACGGUCUAUAUGACACAACCGCUGGACGUGAUCAAGACGCGGAUGCAGUCACUAUCAGCGCGCCAGCAGUACCGUAACUCAUUCCACUGUGGAUAUAGGAUCUUGACUGAGGAGGGAAUCUUCCGGUUUUGGACUGGUACAACGCCGCGACUGGCUAGAUUAGUUAUGAGCGGAGGCAUCGUGUUCACGACCUAUGAGAAGAUUAUUAGUAUCAUCGGUGGUCGGGAGCAGGAGUAGCGGUUCACACAGGAUGUUCCCGAACCAAAUAUACACCUAACGCACUGCUCGAGAGCGUGAUACAAGUAAUUAUGAACCUGCGGGCGGCCCUCCACGCGACAUCAGCCUUAUCUUUCAGAGCCCGACUAACAGUGGUUCAUGAGCAGAUAUUACAGGGUACAAGUUGUGGCGAGUGCUAGCACACCAACUUCCACGCACAAUCACAAGUCUAUAUUUCAAAGCUGA